GGGGAGGGCGGUAGACAGACAGACACGCCCGCGCGACAUCCGCCGUGACGCUCGCGCUGUCUGAAGGCUUUCAGUCUGUGCGCGUGUUGUUGACGGUCAGACAGAGAGAGACAGCGGACCAGGAGCGAUCAUCCUGAGGAAGCUCAUCAGAUCAUUAAUUCUGUCACCAUCAUGCAUGUAGCUGGACGUAAAAGGAUUUGCAACCUUUAACACAGUGAGGAAAGAAGGACCAACUCAAAGGUGCCGUGUUUGAAGAACAGCUGAAGAUUUUCUACCCGAGAAAGACCAAUCAUCUGUGUACGGACAUGGCCAGCCCUCAGACUAGUCUGAAAACCCCUUUCAAAGACCUGACGUCAUUCAAAGGCAACAUGAAGCGGCUGUACAGGGAGCGACUGGAGGAUGCACCCAUUAAAAAGCGCGUAAUGGCAGAGAUGCACCUGAAACGACGCAGCCUGGAGAGCAUCCCCAAGCCCCUGAAGGUCAAGAAGGAGCGCGAGGAACACGGCAGCUCAGAAAUGGACAUAGAGGAAAGAGAGUUCCACGUAGUCGGGGCUUCCAAGGCUUUAGAUCUCAGCGCCGGCCUCAAGCACACUCUGGCACAGUUCACGCUGAGCAGCCAGAGCUCCCUGGGAGGUCCUGCUGCCUUCUCAGCAAAAUCUGCACAGGAGUGCGCCUCUCCUGCUGGCAUGGCUCCCCUACCGUCUCCCCCAGUCCUCGGAGGCGGUCCGCUCUUGGUUCCCUGCGACAGCUCCACAGAGCUCACCCAUUCUCUGCUCGAAGGAGAGUCCAUCUCCUGCUUUGUUGUAGGUGGCGAGAAGCGUCUUUGUCUGCCCCAGGUACUCAAUUCGGUGCUGCGAGAUUUCUCUCUGCAGCAGAUCAACGCUGUCUGUGACGAACUUUACGUUUACUGUUCCCGAUGCGAUGCCGAGCAGCUGCACAUCCUCAAGGUGCUGGGCAUCCUGCCUUUCAACGCACCUUCCUGUGGCCUGAUCACCCUAACUGAUGCCCAACGCCUCUGCAACGCCCUGCUCCGCCCAGGUGCUGCCCUCUCGGCUGACCCCAACAGCAAACUGCCAGGCCAAGGCCUGCUGAAGGAGAGCGAAGCAAGUUUCCAGGUCGAGCACCAGUGUCUGGGCAAGUGCCAAGGCCUGUUCGUGCCCCAAUUCUACGUCCAGCCGGACGCUCCUUGUAUUCAGUGCAUGGAAUGCCAGCUGCUGUUUUCCCCACAGAACUUUGUAAUGCACUCACACAAGUCCCCCGACAAGAGAACCUGCCACUGGGGUUUCGAUUCAGCCAAGUGGCCCUGCUACCUACAGCUUGGCCGCAAGCAUGAGGGCACGCUGGAGGAGCCGCAACUCAAACAGCUGCUGGACGAGAUGAAGGAGAAGUUUCACUACCAGCUAAAGAGGCCUCUGGACAAAAAGGUGGUGGAUGACGACAGUCAUGGGAGGAAGUCCAGUCCUGCACCUUGCCCACCUAACAGCAAGCUGUCUGAUAGCGUCCUGGAGAAAAAGGUACCAUCUAAGGGCAACUUGCAGUCUUCACUGGUGUUCAGUCGACUGUUUCCAGACAUCAAAGAGGAACCAGGACAAGGGCCCAUCCACCCAAGUUACUACCUGUACACGUACGAUAAGAUGGUGGCCCCUAACGUGUCCCUGCAGAAGGAGGGGGAGGUGAGCCAUGAGGUUCUGGGGGCCCUGCUCAAGCAACACUACAGCAGGAGAACACUGACCCACGACAGCCAGCCCACCACAGAUCUUCCUGCAUCUCCUUCCUCCAUUGCAGAGGAGGCCAAAUCCCACCACGCGGGCGAGGCAAAUGAACGCCGCCAACCUCCUCCGUCAGUCGCCAUGGAGACCAGCCCAAGCGGCAAGCAGCACGCCCCCAUUCCCACGGAGUGCAAAGACAGCGGAGCAGAGGACGACAAGGACAGGAUCAUGCUGGAGAUCGUGCAGAUGUACCGGCGGCAGCAAGAAAAGCUGAAUUCCACCCUUCAGAAACAGCUGCAGCUGGAGAUGGAGCUGGAGGCAGUGCGCGGGGGCGAGGCAGCCAGGCUGAGGGAGUUGUCUGCGGAGCAGCUGGAGCUGCAGAACGAGCUGGAGGCAGUACACACUGAGCAUGCUCAAAGACUGGGGGAGGUGCGGCAGGAGCAGAGACAGCUGGAACACCGACUGGAGCAGCUCAGGCAGCAGAGCUGCGCCUGCCAAACCAAAGACCAGGAGGCGCAGUACAAUGUGCAGCUGUGCGAGCUUCGCUGCCGUCUGGAGCGUGCCGAGGCGGAGCGGCAAGAACUGCAGGAGGAGCUCUGCAGAGAGCGGGAGGCCAGAGAGAAGCUGGAGCUCAUGAUCUCGCAGCUUCAGCAGCAGAUGGUCCAGUCUGGCACCAAGGGGAGCCGCAGCACUAGCCCUGCCCAGCCCCCGACCCCUUCCGCAAGCCCCCAAUCCCAGCAUUCCCUCUCUUCACCGGCCCCUGAGGUAACCUCCAGAUAAACUCGCCCCCCUCUCUCGCACACUUCCACGCCUGUAGCCCAGGAACACGCUCACCCACUCCCUGCAGAGUCACAGACAAACACAAGACAACCUCUGCAGAAAAGAGCAGCUCUCCCAUAACCGCUUCCGUUUGUGUCGCACCACCACGAAAAAAGACUUCACGUUUGUGUUUAAUUUAAAGACUUUUCGUGUCACCCUGCCCUCGACCAGUCGUUAAGCAUUUUUUGGAUGUACAUGUUUGUUUUAAUUUAUAGUCAUGCUGAGAGGCUGACGGGACAGUGGAGGUGUUUCUUUGUUGGACUUCUUUCCUCCUGUGACGUUGGGAAAGCACUCAUGCUUUUCCAGUCCCAGCUCUUUGGAUACAGGAAACUGACACUCAGUAAAAUACUACCUGUGACACGAAGCCCAAGGAUGCCAAACGGCAAGAUGCCAAUGCCCUGCAGCAGCAAGAAACCAUGUGGAUGUUUACUUUUUAUUUUCAUUUUGUGUAUCAUUGUUUCCUACAGAAGAAAUGGGAGAAGGUUUUUGUUAACGUCACACAAAUAUCAGUAAAAUAUUAUUCUAUAGCAUAUUUAAGUCAUUAUACUUAAUACAAGCGAUUCGGAAAUGUAGAGGGGGCCCUUAUUGAGGCCCCUGGUUUAAGAUCAUAAUCCUCCCCCUCUUCCUCUUCCUCUCCCUCUCCUUCUCCCCUCCAUUUUCUUUCCCUGCCUGCCGUUUGUCUUUUCAGUCUGGUGUUGAUUAUAUGUUUCCUGUCUGCACUGCUGAACCUUUGCAGGCUGGUAUAUGACAAACAGCUCCGUUCAUUCCUGCCUGAUGCAGUAAGCAAAGACUCACAUUCGCCCCCUGCUGGAGAACACUAUGAAGCUCAGCCUCCAUUUAACUACAGGCAGUUGUACAAAAGAAGCUCCAGGAUAGUGCGGUCCUCCUCACUCUGAAGUUUAUGUUCAGAGCAUUGAAAGGAUUCCUGUAGCGCCAGUAAGAACAUACUGCUUGUAGUUGCUCAGAAAUUGCAAGAUCGACAUCCGAUUUUUAAACAAAGCACACAGCAGACCUUAUAUUUGUCCGUUUCUUAGUGAAGUAUUCAUUAGUAGUGCAAUUGACGAUGUAAAGCAUCGAAGUACGUCACAAUCUCCCAUAAACCCAAAGCUGAUUUACUUUAUUCAUCUGAGAACUGCUAAUAAAGUACCUAGUUUGAAUGCUGGAUUCCAGGUUAAAUGAUUUGGGUGUUUAGCCUGAAUUUUUUGUUUCAUAUACCCCUGUUAUUCAUUCCUCUGUGUCAUUAUUCUGGAUGAGUGAACAAACAGGUCUGACAGGGAGAAGAAAAACAGACAGGGGGCCAAGGGAGGGACGUAAAGGAAUUAAUGCUGUCACGUUAGCUUCCAGUCACUGAGGGUUGAAGAGGCACGCUUUGUCUCCGCAGAAUGGGGCAGCUGCCUCUGAUGCCCACUCAUACAUCAACUAUUAGAUGGACGAAGAAAGAUGGACACGGGAAGUGAGGUGGUUUUGCCACUAGAGCAGUUAGUUCUUUCUUUCUUUUCCUUUCUUCUGUUCAGUAAAUCUAGGCUUCUUUCGUGAUGUACAUAACUCACAUAGAACAUUCCACUGUGCACAACUCAUCGGAUUCACAGUCAGCCAAGCCACAGCAGUUUUCUAAACCUGAUAAUGUGUACAGUGCAAAACCUCUUAGAUGCAAAAGAGGAAAACGUAAAGAAACACCCUGAUUUAUGUGAAUACAUCCAGCUAUGAAGAAUGGAAAAACAAAACUAUAUUGUAAAUGAAUGCUUUGCCAUUUUUGAACUUUUUUUUUCUUGAAAUUAUUCAGAAAUUAUUUAAUGUAUUAACUAAUAAAGAUUUAUAUACACUUUG